UCUCUCUCUCAUUCUCUGCUCCCUCUCUCUCUCUCCCCUCUCUCGCAGUCAUGAGACUGCACUGACAGCUCUGGGCACGUCCUAGUCCUCCUCCAGCAGCUGCAUCCAGUGUACAGAGGCAGCCUGACUUGUCAGCUAGGUGCCACAUUCCCCAGCCAUCAGCAGCAUGGAGCCCCUGGACACCGAGCUCUGCACCCCCCCGGACCCGGGCUUCAUACAGCCCUCCUGUAACGGACAGACAGGGCAGCCCCCCAUCAGGAGCCUGGAGACCCCCAUCCAGAUGGACCAGCAGAUGAAGAUGAGUGAAAGUGGCGAGUUCAGCGAUCUGGUGGAGAACAGAGGUUUAUUAGAAAGCAGCACAAAGCUAAAGCCACAUGAAGCCCAGAGUUACAGGAAGAAGGCAUUAUGGAUAUCCUUGCUGUCCAUCAUCAUCACGCUGGUCCUGGCAGUAGCGGCUUUCACGGUCUCGGUGAUGAGAUUCAGCGCUUCAUCCUUUGGAUUUGCAUUUGAUGCUGUCCUGGAUGUUGUAUCGUCAGGGAUAGUGUUAUGGCGUUACAGCAAUGCUGCAGCUGUACAUUCAGCACACCGAGAAUACAUGGCCUGUGUGAUCCUGGGGGUCAUCUUCCUGCUCUCAUCGCUCUGUAUUGUGAUAAAAGCCAUUCAUGACCUUUCCAUCCGGGUCAUUCCAGAAGUGGAUAGCUUUCUGUUCAGUGUCUCCAUAUUAAGUGGGAUCCUCUGCUCCCUAUUGGCUGCUGUAAAAUUCAUGUUGGGAAGAGUCCUGACGAGUCGAGCACUGAUCACUGAUGGAUUCAACUCGCUGGUUGGCGGCAUCAUGGGGUUCUCUAUUUUGAUCAGCGCCGAGGUUUACAAGCACCACCCCUCCGUCUGGUAUCUGGAUGGGACUGUCGGGAUUCUGAUCGGACUGAUCAUCAUGAGCUAUGGAGUCAAGCUGUUGGUGGACAUGGUCCCUCGAGUCAGACAGACGCGUCACUACGAGAUGUUCGAAUGAAGCCGCACGCCGACUCUCCAUUGCCAAAGGUGGCCACAAGUCACACACAGUGUUUUCCUUUCCCUACAAGUAUUUCUGGCUACUAUUACAGAACAACAAACUAAACAUGACCGAGAUGAUCAAACUGACAUUUGUGGGGCCGGCCUGUGGAGGGUGCGCCCCUCCCCCUCUGCCCCCCCCCUCCCCGCCCCCCAGUAUGAAAGAGUUUUAUUUUGGAUCGUUCCAGCACAAACCCCAGCGUGAAAAGACUGGCGGAAGCAGCAGACUGUGUCCUGACCUUUGCUUCAUGUACAGAAUAAGCGAACAUCGAAAACAUCUCCGACCGCGGAUACGUCACGCCCGAGUCACGCUCUGUAAGAGAACAUUAUAAACAGCCAAUGCAGACGCAAAGAGUAUUUUUCUAUAUAUAUAUCUCUAUACAUAUAUAUAUGUGCGCACAAUAAUCUGAUGGACCCAUUCCGGCACUUGUGUGCAUUCCCUUUAUGCCAACACAGACUUCAGUAGCACAAGGUACAAAGUUGUACCAUUUUAUCACAUACAAAGAGCACAUUUAUUAAAGGAGAUCUCCGGUCAGAAAGAGGCCAUAAUGUCCACUCCCACCCGUGAAAUACUUUUAUUGGGAAGCCAAUCCUUACUUUUGUCAGUCCCAUCUUUGCUCAUAUUGGCUCAAUAGGUCCUUGACCUUUAACCUUUCACUGUUCUUUUAAUAGCAGAGUCAUUUAAACCUAUCCCUUCAAAAGGAACCCUAAAGCUAUUCGUCCUGCAAAUGUUACUAGGCUGCUGACUUUAAUUUUUGGGGUGGGGGGGGCAGUUCCCCGCUUUUAUUCCUAACCCUAGCAAUAAACUCCUAGGGUGCCUUACUUACCUUGCCAGGUGUGGAAUGGUAAUGGCACUUUUCCAGCUCUUAUAAUGGUUGUUAAGCCACUCUAACCUGUAUACACCAUCAGCACUGCCUCCUAUUGCAGUGCCCCCCUCUGU